AUGGAAACAGACCAACCAAUAAGAAUAAAUGUUAGAAGGAAAACGAUGUGGGACGACUUUACUAAAGAAAGAGCAAGACGGUUUAAGCCCGAACAAAUGCUGAAAGUUGUGUUUGUUGGAGAACCAGCAAUUGAUGACGGUGGCCCCCGUAGAGAGUUUUUAUCAGGUAUUUCAAUAUCUGAGUUUUCAAAAAAAAUAAAAUUGGAAUCUGUGUUUUUGCAGCAUGUGAUCUCUCAGAGUGCUCUAAGGCACACAGCACACACAGACUGCCACAUAAUAUUAUGUAGUGUAAUUUUGAUCUGUGAAUCCACAACCACCACCCACAUGUGCCCCAUUUUCUCCAGGUUGUCGGUUCCUAUGGCAAGAGAAUUAAUAAUUUAUUUAUAAGAAAACAUCCAACUCUCACAAAACACUGGGAGCUGCUGUAGCAUAUCAGACCCAAGCUUGACAUGAACAGACAACCUUUUUUGAAUUAGCUGUAUAUUAACCCUGUGUCCUAAACUUUAUUCUUGUCUUGUGUGGCGCUUUUUUUAAAAUAAAAUUUAAUCCGAUGUAUUUAAGUUUCGGGGAGUUACAGAGGGGGUAGGAGAAUUUUCGGGGGUGAAAAAAGUAGGUGUUGUGCAUAGGGGCGCACAUUAGGGGAGGUGUGGGGGGGGGGGUGUGACACCCCCAUGUUUUGUGAAAUAUAUCUAAAAAGUCGGUCCCAAAACCUGAAUGGGACGAAAAAGUCGGUCCGGCUAAAAGCUGAAAGAUAUUAUCAUUUUGUGUCGAAAAAAGUAAUAGGUGGACAUUCUGGAAAUGGAAGUUGCAUAAACAUAAGAAAAACGAAUUAGACAUACACAAAUUAGAGUUCACUGACACAAACCAAGAGAGCAAAUAAUCAACUUCCGUGUUGCAACAGUUCAGCCAACGUAAUGCGAUCCGAUUACCUCAAGCCGCCGCGGUGCAGUUAAAAUUGUUCGUUGUUAGCCUUGUCGUAAAAGCUGAAACUUUGGAAGGCAGAAUUAAAUCAGCGGCGUAGCCAAGAUGGGGGCUCGGGGGGUUCUGCAAUGGGCAUAAGGACAGCCCUUGUGGAAAGCUGAAAUCCGGGCAGAAAUUGGGGUGGGGGUACGAUGUGUGAAUAAUGAUACCCAUCUCUUCUGCUUGCCAAUAAAAGUUGAAGUCUUCCCUACCUAGAAUUCUAACUCCAGUAAAAAUGCCUAUGCAUGGUUAUUUUAAAGCACAUUUGAACUUGAAUUUGCGAAGCAACGCUCAUGACCGACUUCUACAAAAACGAAGACAUGAUGCUAUUUUGCUGUUGAGUAUUUGCGUGUAAAAUACUAUAUUUUACAUAAAUAUUUUUUCGAUCUAACAACAUUAGGCGACUUAAAAAUGCAUUUUUGUGAUUGUAACUUUUCUUCAAACCUCGUCCUAAAAUAUGUGAAAUAGCGUUUUAAUGAGUCUAGAAAUUCAAAAUUUUCCUCGAAAUCCAUAAAAAUUUUGACCCCUCCUCCCCUCCAAACUCCAAAGGUUUAAGACCACUGCAAAAGUUCUGAAAAACUGAACGUUUAUUUAAACUCCUGGAAUGCUAUCCCCAUCUUACCGUCUAUGCGCUUUAAAUAGUUAGCUUUUCUAACCAAACAUAAAUACUACAAAAGUCGGUCCAAGAACAUAGGACACCCCCCAAAUUUUUUUCGAAUGUGCGCCCCUGGACUUGUGCAUCCCCCAGUGAAUCUGUCUAAUGCAUCACAUACCUAAACUGUCCAUUGAUGGAAACUAACUUAGUAACUUCUCCCAUUAUUUUCCACCCACAGUAUAUAAACAUUUCCCACCUAUUUCAUUCCUCAGCCAAUAAAAGAUAAUUUGUUACAUUUCAACUCAUUACAUUUGCAAUAUGGUAUCUAUUGUUAAUUACUGUAAUGUGUGUUCAGGUUUUUGAUCCACUUCUGUUUUCGUUAAAGGACAUGUUUAUUUUUGUUUGUUGUUUAGAUAUGUUGGAACUUGCAGAGCGGAUGUUAUUUUUGAAUGGAUGGCCAGUGAAGUCCGUGAUUGCUCUUUCUUCCCUGCAAUUCCGAAUUGCUGGUAAAUUAAUGGUAAUUUCAAUUCUACAAGGAGGCCCUGCACCAAACUUCUUAGAUUCAGAAGUGUAUGCAUAUAUCAGUAGAACAACUUUGGACCCAGAUAAAAAUACUAACAUCGUGAGCAAGAAUAUUGCAAAAAAUGUAAGUUUUUCAUUUGUUGAUUACUGUACAGUUAGGAAUUACAGAAAUAGAAAGCAAACUAAAGCAUGUAUUAUUGUCCAUAAAAAUGUAGGGAUCUGUUUUAUCUUUUAUCAAAAUGAUGAUAUGUCAGCUGAUAAAGAUGUACAGUGUACAGUAAUCUUCUCUAGUACUUAAACUAUUGACAUAAUUAACCCAUUAGCUGGCAAUACACCCAAUGUGCCCCACUUUAUGGUCUACAAGUUCGAAAUCAGUGGUAGAGUACUGCCAGUAAACAUAUACUGUAAGUAUAUAUAAGAUACUGCUGCCGGUAAUAUACUCAAAACAUUCUGUUCCGGUUUGCUCCAGGGUCAGUGGGUCACUAGUAAUUUGUGCAAAUUGUACAAGUUAAUGUUUGUAUUUUUAAGUAAUACUAUCAUUACUGGAGACUUAUAUUUCUUUUUUAAAAAAAGUAUUUUUAUUGUUAUUAAGCUUGCAAAUGCCAAAACUGAUGAAGAGGUCCAGUCUAUUUUAACACAAGAUGAUACUCUUGAUGUGCUCGACAGCAUAGGCUACAGAAGAAUUCCGCAGAGAGAGACGACAACAUCGGUGAUUAAUGUUAUCAGGUUAUUCUUGAUUAUUAUUUUUUCUAUUCUGCUCUUCUUUUUCAUUGUAUGUAUUCUAUAUAAAAUCAAUGUCAAUACUUGCCUGUGUGGCAAAUAUUUUCAGUAAAACUACCAAAUACUGUUACAUGCAGAAAACUACAUCUGCAGGGUGUGACGUCAUUACACAAUAUUGAGAAUGAUCUGUAGGCCAAUCAAAAGCAAUAUUGUAUAUUAUGUAAUGUGUAAUAAUAAACAUACAGUAGGUCGAUUUUGCACCCCCCCCCACCCCACACACCCACACACACACACCCCAGAAAAUCCGCCCAUGACAAUAAACAAUUAUUGAAUGUGGUUGAACAUGAUAUGAAGAAUUCGCCUUUUCCCAAUAGAGCAGAGUACUGGGUCUAGUUGUACACCGCAAAGCAUCUCUGAGGGAUUGUUUGGAGGGACAAACGACCAGACUUGUACUCCAUAAUCACAAAAUAAUCCAUAGGUGAUACCCAAAUAAUCCAUAGGUGCUUUGCGGUUCACAACUAGACCCAGUACUCUGCUCUAUUGGGAAAAUGCUAAUUAUCAAGCCGAUGUUUUGUGUUAAUAAUAAUUAAGAUACAAUUAUUGGACAAGAUUGGCCAAUUAAAAGUAGACCAGGAUUUGUCAGACCAAUUAUUUACAUAUGACGUUGUUAAAGACAAAUUGUAAUAUUUUGGGAUAACCAUGUUUACUAAUAAUAUUUGUUUUAUUAUAAUUCACUAUUCAGUCAUAUUGCGGAAGUUCAAACUGACAUGGAUUUUAUGCAAUUUUUGUGGCAUAAUUCUGAAUAUCCUCCUUGAGCAGCCAAUCAUUAGCACUACCGGUAUGUAACAAUUUUAUUUUCUGCAUUUAAAUUGUAGAUCAAUAUGCAUACAAGAUCAGUUUUCAGCAUUUUUGCCGCAGUUGAUGCAACUGGAAGAAGGGUUGUCUGUUUGUAAUGUGUUGCAGUCAAUCCAGAAAUUCCCAAGUGUUUGGAAAGUGUUAUUCCAACCAAGCCAGGAAUUUCAGAUGAAUAGUGAGAAGUUCCUAGAUGAAGCUGCUGUGGAAUACAUCACUUCACAGGUGCUACAGGAGAAAGAGAUUACAACGUACAAGUUCUUUUCCGAUAUGGUACUACUUUUAGAUGAUGGUGAGUGUUACGGGUUUCGUGUUGUUUUUUUCUUGCUGCAUUGCUUGACUGCAAUUGUCUCAGUAUAAUUCUAUUUUACCUCUUCACAAUGUAAUCAUAAAGUCUCAUAUCAUAAUCAAAUCAUAAAUAUCAUAAAUCAAAUCAUAGAUCUACAUUCUCAUCUAAUAAUUUUUUAUUAUUCAGAUUAAGGUGAAGUUUAUUUGCCAAAGCGAAGUUGUGGUGGAUAAACAUUGACUGAAUUAUUCUUGAAUUUGAUUUCAUUUGAAAUUGGCCUCAUCACACUCAUGAUUCAUUCCGGAUAUGUUCUCAUAAAAUCAUUGCGAUAAAAUUAUACCCCUACCUUACCCUUACCCUACCCUACCUUACCCUACUUCACCCCACUCUACCCAACCAACAUCUUACCAUAUUUUCAAGAUUUUUCAGGGUAUCUAGUGGUUUACUGUAUUCAAUAUAUAUUUUUAUUGUAUUCAAUAUGUUUUAUUGUGUUUGGUCGGUUUGCAGCACGAUCUUGAUUUCGGCUUUGUAUCAGUUUGGCAAAUCAUACACGCACACAACACUCCCCUGAGUAUUAAAACAAUUCAAACAUGUCACACAAUGGCUCCAAAAUGGGCAGUGAGCACCCACAGCGUAUCAGGAUCCAAAUACCGCACCCACUUUUUCGGUCCAAUUACUACCAAAUUACAAACAACAAAUGUAUUAAUGUAAUAGAAAAACGUUUUGAUGAACUUGAGAAAAAGCUGAAUAGAGUAAAUACACUUUUAAAGAGUGGUUCUAAACAAGUUGAUUUAAUUAGGCACUGACGUCAUUGAACAUUGUUGGCUCGAUGCCACCAUGAUACCAUCUCUCAAUCUGAUUAGCGCUGAUUAAACUUUGAUUUCAUUUUUCAAGGAAUUGAUGGUAUUUAUUUGAGAGAUUUCAUCAAAUGGAUGACAGGAUCUAAAACUAUACCUCCUCUUGGAUUUCCCAAAAAGUUUUCAGUGCAAUUUGUCCAUGGUUGUACUGAAGCAUGCCGCUGUCGACCCACUGUUUCAACAUGA